AUGACUUCGGAAGGCCAUUGUGUUUUUGUGCUGGUCUACGUGGACGAUGUCUUGGUGACUGGAAGCUCGCUCGAGAUGAUUGCGCGCACCAAGAACGACCUCAAGACACGCUUCGAGAUGACGGACAGCGGCAAGUGUGCCUUUGUUCUUGGGAUCGAGUUAUUGGACGGUGAAGAUGGCAGCGUGACUAUGUGUCAGCGCCGUUAUGUCGACGAUGUCCUCAAGCGCUUUGGAAUGGAUGAGUGCAAGGCUGUGGCAAGUCCGGUGGACGUCAGCUCUCGACUGGUUCCAAGCAACUCUGCAAGCAAGGUGGAUGUCCCAUUCCGUGAAGCAGUGGGUGCUUUGAUGCAUCUGACGACUGCAACGCGACCGGACAUCGCCUAUGCUGUAAGCUUUGUGUCACGGUUCAUGGAGAAACCCCAAGAAGAACACUGGGUUGCAGUCAAGCGCAUCUUCCGCUACCUACAAGGCACCAAGAUGCAUGGAAUCUGCUACAAGCCAAGUGCGAAGAUCGACUUUCGUGGCUAUUCAGAUGCAGACUGGGCCGGUGACCUUGCUGAUCGCAAAUCGACGUCCGGCUACGUCUUCAUGCUAUUGGGUGCUCCGGUGAGUUGGGGCAGCAAGAAACAGCCAAGUGUGUCACUGUCUACAAGCGAAGCGGAGUACAUCGCGCUCAGCCUGGCGAUCCAAGAAGGCAAGUGGAUCAAUCGCUUGUUGUGCGAGAUCAUGGCGGCUGCAAACGAAGAAGGACCCGAGCUCGUCAUCCGUGAAGACAACCAGUCGUGCAUCAAGAUGACGAAGAAUCCGGUCAACCACGGCCGCGCUAAACACAUCGACAUCAAGUACCAUCACAUCCGUGAUGAAGUCAAGCGCGGCGAAGUGAAGCUUGAAUACUGCGAGACGACGUUGAUGUUGGCGGACAUCAUGACCAAGGCACUUCACGGACCGCGUCACAAGGACUUGACGGCGGCGCUUGGCAUCCGUGCGUGUUCGGAUUGA